UUAUCUGUGGUGAAUAGGCCAAGCGAAGCGAACGGAGGAGAUGCACGGGAUUUGUACUCUGUUGAAAUAAUACGUCAUCUCAUAUUCUUUAGUGAUUUCAAUUAAUUGUUAACAAUUUGGAUUACUAUACCGUUACAUAAUAAAACAAUAAAAUGCCGGCGGCGCGAGGCGUUAAACGGACAGCGUCAAAGUCUUCUGCUACUCCGGCACCAGCAGGGCCGAAAAAUAAGAAAAAACGUGGAGCUAUCCAGUUGGAGAUUCCGUCUGCGCCCAAAAAGAGAGGUUGUGUGUUAACCUGCGGUCAAGGUGAUGUUGGACAACUAGGAUUGGGUGAAGAUGUCAUUGAGACUACUAAAUUCAAACAAGUGUCAUCGCUUGGAAACAAGAUUGUGGACGUGCACGCGGGGGGCAUGCACACAGUGGCGUUAGAUAGUGAUGGAAAGGUUUGGACAUUUGGCUGCAAUGAUGAAGGGGCUUUGGGUAGACCUACAUCCAAUGAGAAGGAGGAAGGCACCCCAAAAGCAGUAGAUCUACCCUUACCUGCUGUAGUCAUUAGUGCGGGUGACUCUCAUUCUGCAGCACUACUAGACAAUGGAGAUGUUUACGCUUGGGGAGCUUUCAGAGAUUCCCAUGGGAGUAUGGGAUUAGUGGUCCGUGGAAGAGAAGGCAAAGCUUGCAAAGAACCAAUCAAAGUAGACAUUGGUGAACAAGCUGUGGCAGUUGCAUCGGGAGGAGACCAUCUUGUUAUUUUAUCAACGUCAGGGUCAGUGUACACAAUGGGCUGUGGAGAACAGGGACAGCUCGGCAGAUUAUCACAAAGAUCUGCAACCAGAGAUGCAAGACAGGGUUUCAGCGCGCUGCUGAGCCCGGCGCGCGUGUCGCUGCGGGGGGGAGCGGCCGCCGUGUGGGCCGGACACCACGCCAGCUUCGCGCUGCAGCCCGCCGGACGGAUGCUGGCCUGGGGACUCAACAACUACGGACAGCUCGGCAUAACGGGCGAGAAGCGGCGGACGGCGCUCUUCUCCCCGAAGGAGUGUGAUGCGUUCGACGAGCGAGUGUGGACCUGCGUCGCCAUCGGCCAGCACCACUCGCUGGCGCUGGACGAAGCCGGCGCCGCGCACGCCGUGGGGCGCUGUGACUACGGGCGACUCGGACUAGGCGACAGGCCGGGCGACGCGGAGACACUCGAGCCCAUACCCAAGUUGCAAAAUAAGAAGUGCGUCAGUAUCGCAGCCGGCACGUGCAGCUCGUUCGCGGUCACGGACACAGGCGAGGCGUUCGCGUGGGGCAUGGGCAGCGAGGGGCAGCUGGGCACGGGCGCGCGCGCCGACUGCGCCGAGCCCGCGCGCGCCGUGCAGCCGCGCCCCGCGCUGCGCGUGGCGGCCGGCGGACAGCACGCCGUGCUGCUCGUGGAGGACCCUACGGCCCAAAAGGAGGCGUCACCGGCCCCCGAGAUGGAAACGGAGGAGGAGACGGUCGAACCUGUCGAGGAGGAGAAGAAGCGACCGACGAAACGACCGAAGAAACAAGAACAAGAUGAAGAGAUCUCUUCCACGUCGAGUGCACAGCCAGCUGAUGUGGUUCGAGCUGAUGACAAACCAGAAAAGGUGAACGGAAACGAGAAGAAAGAAACAGACACAGAAACCGACACGGCAAUGGAAAUUGAUGACACUGACAAAGCACAGGACAACGACAAAGAUGACAAACAAAUGGACGAACAAAAAGACACGGAACACACGGAAUCCGAGAAAGACUCCAAAGCAGAUACCAUGGACACGUCCAGCCAGGACACGGAGAGCGACAAGGACGCCGACGUGAAGGGAGAGACGCCGGUGCAGCCCCCGGCCGCCGCCCCGCAGCCCGCCGCGCAGCCCCAGGCCGGCAGCGAAGCGCCCGCCGCUCUUAACGGAGCCGACGCGUGAUGCUAGCUUACACUUUUUGUUUAUUUUAAUUCAAUGCGGGACCGUGGUUGAACUUGGACGUUGGGAUCGUAUCUUUGGAACGGUUUGGUAUGUGUACGCGAUUGACAAUCGUUUUGCUGUUAUUUUGCAAAAUGAUUAAAUGUUUGUAAGACUUUAUCGAUGAAAACUUGUGCAAUUCACAAAACUUGAGCCUGUUUGAACCAUAAAAUGUCAUGUUUUUUGUACCUUCAUACAAGUAAAUACAGUAUUUUUGUUUUCAUACUAUUAUUUUAGGCCUCAUAUUGUACUCAAAUAAGGGGAAAAGUCUGCAAGUUUUGAUUACGUCAGUAUAAUACGAAACCGUUGCAAAAAAAUGAUUAUCCAAGUUCUAGAAUUGACUGACGAUCAUCUAUAAUUACAGUCAAAAUGCGUGUAUCAAAGUGAUUGUUAUAAAUAUUAAGUUUUGGCUGUAAAACCACGGUCACUGAGACGUAGUCACAGAACGUAAUCAACAGCGGUUUGACAAUUAUAUUUCAUGAACGGAUGACAUUGUUCAUUACCAAUGAUAUAGUCUUCAGGGAAACAUAGACAUAAUAAUGGAGUUUAUAUUUUCGUUUUUAAUAUAAGUAUUAUAUUGUAAUAUUUAGAAUGAGAAAAUUGAAUAUUUAAUAAAAGCUUAAGCAUCGGUUUAUGUAUAUUGUUAUCUAUAUUUGGUCGGUUAAAAUAGGGUAUAGUGCAUUAUUUAUUAUUAUAUUAACUAGUUCUUGAUGCUUAACCGAGACGUACCUCGGCUCACUACAGCUGCAAUCCAAGCCUUUUUUCGAAUCAAAUUACACUACUUAAGUAGGCUUUAACAAUUAUAUUAAUCUAAAGCUACCACCGGUUCGGAAUGUAGAUUGUACUGAGGAAGGCCAGCAACAAACUCAAUACUAGACAUAGGUCUGUGUUCAUCAUCAUUAACUGGUGUUGUGCCCUCUAAAUCCAGUGGUUUUUCGCUGUACUUUUCAAAUUAAAAACAAAGUACAAAAGCACAUUAAUAUUUCUCAAAUAUACAUGACAAUUUAUUUCAACAUCUUAUGAAAUCUAUAUGUAAAUAAAUUUAUCUGAAGAUUAAUUAUAGUCAAUAUGUUAAUAACUAUGUUGCAUUUGAUCAGAGAGCACAAAAGCUGAUUCCGUACAGUAGAUAUUUGCCCAAAAAAUUUGAUAAAAAGAGGCUGUUUAGAGAUGUAUAUUGCUAUAUUUUUGCAUAGAAAUUAAAUUGCCAAUAUGUCAUUUGCAGAUGACAUAAAUAGCAACAUUGGAUAGGUGUGAAAUAAUUUUUGUGUUAAAAUACUUUCAUUUAAAUAAUUAUCUAAUAUACUUAAUCGUUACGGCUUCAUCUGUAUUCUGUAUUUAUAUAAUUCUAAAUCUUUUAUCUAUUCUAUAAUCUAAAUCUUUUACAUUAGGAAACCCAAUUAUUGAGUACCAUAAUUAGUGUCAAGAGAUAUUCUCUAUAAUAAAUAUAAUCAAUCAAUAUUUAACAAAUGAACUCAUUCAUAUGUUCAGUACAGACAAUGCAUAAUCCAAAUUUGAAGCCACAGAGCACUGCUAGUCUUAAGUUAUUUCUUCUAUGUACCCAGUUUUAAUCGGCUAACAGAGAUAUUUAGCUGUAAGUAAACCAUUGUCUGGACAACGUCAUCUGUGUCCAAUAUAUAAAUAGCCCAUAAAGUAAUAUAUUGUUUUAUAUUUAAUUAUAGUUAUAUGUAAUAUUGUCUUAUUUUCAUAGUAAUUUUUAAUUUGAAUUGAAUUGUAUAUGUCUUAGGCAAGUAUCGGCAAAAAUACUUUAAAUAAUUAUAACAUUGCACAAGAUGUUGUCGAUUGUUCAAUGAAUUUGAUUUUUAAUUUGUUUAUAUUUGUUUUUUUUUUGUUUUUCUUUUCAUUUUGAACAUAAUUAUGACAUUUUAUGAUUAAGGUGAAAAUUAAUCAAUUUUGUGAAAUUAUCGAUGAAAUUAAGACUGUUAAUAUAAUUGUAUCAGUAGUUUUAAUUCUUACAUUUAUAAUUAUAAUAUAUAUUUUUUUAUCUUUAGACAUUAUUCCAUAAAGUUAUGUGAGAUAUUUCAAGUCUCAAAUUGUGUCAAAUGUUUUUAAAAGAUUUACAAAAUUUAUGAUGUAUAUAUUAAAUAUAUACACAUAUUCUAUUUAUAUAAAUAGGUCAAAAAAUUACUGAAUCGAUUUAAUAUUGACCAUUUGAAAGUUUAACUUUCGACCUAUAUGAGGCAUAUUUAACAUUUUUAAUAAUUUAUUGGGCAUAGAGAAUGGAGGCGAAGAAAAAUAUAGGCUAUUAUAUAUCUAUAUAGAAUAAUGUCUAAACGAGUAACGCACACACAAAUCGCAAGUUGCAAAUCAGUUCAGUGACUACGUCGUGUAAAGUUUGUGAUUACGGUAGUAAUCGCGUUAGAAUCGAGCUAGACAUAUGGUUAUAAAUAAAUUAAUAUUAAGUGAAACGUCGUGUAACUAGGCCGGUGUUAAAUAUUCCGAUAAGUUGGUUUCGUUGGAUAAAGAAAUAAAAAAAAGAUUUAUUUUAUAAAUAUUUUUUUUUGUGCAUGUUUCUAAAAAGUACAAACGUACGUUUUCUUUCACGACGCUCUAUUUCUUAAUUGUUAAUAUAAAUGAACUAUAAUGUAUUGUGUUUUCCUAAUAAAACUGUAGUGUA